AUGAACUUGUCAUGCUCCGUUACUUGGACAACAUCGUCGCAUUUGGAAAAAAGUAGCGCUUCAAUAACAAUAGAUUUCGAUAGCACAAAUUCAAAUUUAAAUACUACACGUGAUAACAUAAUUGUGACAUGGAUCAAUCAAAUCUUUAACCCAAGUUCAACCACUACUACAACUACGACAACAACUACUAGCGCGCCACAACGCUCAUGCGCAGAAUGCAAUUGCGGCACCAUAAAUAAAAUACAUCGCAUUGUUGGUGGCCAGGAGACGGUAACGCAUCAAUAUCCUUGGAUGGCGAUGUUGCUCUCCAGAGGUAGUUUCUAUUGUGGAGGCACAUUAAUUAAUGAUCAAUAUGUCUUGACGGCUGCACAUUGUGUAAAGGGUUUUAGGAAACCGUUAAUAACAAUACGUUUGUUGGAGCACAAUCGCAAGAACAGCAGCGUACAUAAAAUUGAUCGGAAUGUUGACAAAAUAUUUAUACAUCCAGACUACAGUACACGUACUUUUGAUAGCGAUAUCGCUCUGAUACGUAUGUCGGAACCAGUUGAAGUAAAUGAUUUACUCCGGCCAGUUUGUAUGCCCGAUCCAGAUAAAAGUUUUGCUGGUGAAAACGCUGUAGCGACUGGUUGGGGGGCACUAAGCCAAGGAGGCAGUGUGUCGCAGACUUUGCAGGAAGUAGAGGUGCCUAUAAUAUCACAGGAGGCUUGCCGUGGUAGCAAAUAUGGUCCAAGUAUUACUGAUAAUAUGCUUUGUGCUGGCUAUGAUGAAGGUGGCAAGGAUGCUUGUCAAGGCGAUAGUGGUGGGCCUUUGCAUGUUAUUGUUAACAAUACCAAGGAACAUCAAUUAGCUGGUAUAACUUCAUGGGGCGAAGGUUGUGCUAAACCCAACACACCCGGUGUAUACACUCGUGUGAAUAACUUUAACACUUGGAUUGCGAAUCGUACACGUGAUGCCUGUACAUGCCACCCUGUUAAAAAGUGCGUUAAUAGUAACUCAAAUUCUUCGAAGGGAAAUGAGAAAGCUCUCUGCAUUUAA